GUGGUAUGCGUCGGCUCUUUGUUUCUCGAUCCAAUCUUCUCCUUCCUUCUCUCGACCGAAACAAAAGAGAACACAACACAGAGCUGAAUCAUAUCAUCAUCAUCAUCUCUCUGAUCUCUCCCUCUCUACAUCAUAAAAACCCCUUUCUCUUGUACAAUUCUUCGUCUAAAUCUCUUAAUUCUCCGAAUCUGAGCUUCCUUCUUCGUUUUUCUUUUGAGAUUUUCGAGCUGGCGAUCUCAUUGAUCGGAGCUGCCUUACCUAUAUCCCUUGAAAAAAAAGCUCGCAUUUUUUUUUUUAGAUUCGAGAGCAACAGAAGAAUCUCAGUAGAGAAUCUGCGUCUCUGCUGCUAGAUUGUUUGUAAGUCCCAAGGUUUGAUUUGGUUUGUUUGUUUCUUUCUCUUUCUUUCUCCUCUGAGAAAGUUCGAAAUUGGUGAAUGUUCCGGCGAGAGAGAUUGUUUGUUCCGGCGGCUUUGGCUUAGAUCUGUAAGUCAAAAGGUCACUGUCGAAAGGAAACGAGUUAAUCUGGGAAUCAGCUAUGACGACCUCAUCCUCAUCAAUGGAGAAUGGAGGAGGCUCAUCCUCCUCUGGAUCAUCUUCCCUUCAUGGCUGUAUGCAAGAGUUCAAGCUCUUCCAGACUCAUUCCAAUUUCUAUAUGAUUGGUUGGAAUGGUAGUGGAGUCCAUAGAGUACUCAAGAUAGACCGUCUUGAUGCGUCAGAGCUUAAUGUCAGUGAGGACUCUACUGCUUAUACCAAAAAAGAGUGCUACGAGUUGCUAAAGCGGAUACACGAAGGAAACAAGGCCACAGGCGGACUGAAACGUGUUGCUGUCUGUUAUGGCAUCAUUGGAUUCAUUAAGUUUUUGGGACCAUAUUACAUGCUGGUUAUUACUGAAAGAAGAGAGAUCGGUGAAAUUUGUGGUCACCGCGUGUAUGAAGUGUCAAAGAGUGAGAUGAUUUCAUUGCAGCAUUCUAGCGUGCUUUCAAACUUUGCGAAUUCAAGAGACGAGAACAGGUACAAGAGGCUGCUGAGUAUGGUGGACCUUACGAAAGACUUCUUUUUCAGCUAUUCUUACAAUAUAAUGCGAAGUUUCCAGAAGAAUGUGUGCGACCAUGAGAGUGGUGGUACUCUCUAUAAGAAAAUGUUUGUGUGGAACGAGUUCUUGACUCGAGGAAUUCGACAUCAUCUUCGGAAUACUGUGUGGACUGUAGCAUUGGUGUAUGGUUUCUUUAAGCAGACAACUCUUUCUGAAGCUGGACGGAAUUUCAAACUCACUCUUAUUGCUAGGCGUUCCCGCCAUAACGCUGGAACCAGGUACUUGAAACGAGGAAUAAACGAAAGUGGCAAUGUCGCUAAUGAUGUCGAAACAGAGCAGAUAGUGUCUGAGGACGUUCCUGAAGACAACCCCAUGCAAAUAAGUUCUGUUGUGCAGAACCGUGGCUCAAUUCCUCUGUUCUGGUCACAGGAAACCUCACGGAUGAUUCUUAAACCGGAUAUUGUAUUGUCAAAAAAGGACCUGAACUAUGAGGCAACUAGACUUCACUUUGAAAACCUUGUGGAGCGAUAUGGAACCCCCAUCAUUAUUCUGAACUUGAUCAAGACAAAAGAGAGGAGACCCAGGGAGUCGAUUCUCCGGGCAGAGUUUGCCAAUGCAAUUGACUUUAUAAACAAAGAUCUGCCUGAAGAAAAUCGUAUAAGAUUCCUUCAUUGGGACUUGCACAAACAUUUCCAGAGCAAAACAGCAAAUGUCUUGGCACUUCUUGGCAAAGUGGCUGCAUGUGCUUUGAUGCUAACAGGUUUCUUUUAUUAUCAAGUUACCCCAGCAAUGAAGCUCGAUGGUGGUAUGAGCUUGUCUUCUUCUGAUGCCGACAUGUCUACACAUAAUAGCUCUGAUGAUGAUAGUGGGGAAUAUGAUUCCCUAGAGAAGAAUCUUCCCCCAAGUAAGAAUGUUGCUAAUGGCGAUUAUGAUAAGCCUGGCAUGCUUCAGAGGGGCGUGCUGAGGACCAAUUGCAUAGAUUGUCUUGAUCGUACAAAUGUUGCUCAAUAUGCAUAUGGUUGGGCUGCUCUAGGACAGCAGCUCCAUGCUCUGGGAAUUAGAGAUGUUCCAACAAUAGAACUUGAUGAUCGUUUGUCUAGUGCUUUAAUGGGGUUAUAUGAAAGAAUGGGAGAUACGCUAGCUUACCAAUAUGGUGGAUCUGCUGCCCACAAUAAGGUUUUCAGUGAGAGAAGAGGCCAGUGGAGAGCAGCAACCCAGUCACAAGAGUUCUUGAGAACCCUGCAACGUUAUUAUAAUAAUGCAUAUAUGGAUGCGGAUAAACAAGACGCCAUUAAUAUAUUUCUUGGUACAUUCCAGCCUGAAAACGGGAGGCAGGCGAUUUGGGAGUUGCGUUCGGAUUUCCGCUCUAAUGGACAAAAUGGAGAGAUAAGCAUAGAGGAAGAUGAAAGGUUUCUUGUGAAGAGGUGCUUAUCGGAUGGUAAUAUUCUGCAUGAAAGUCGCACACCGAUGUCCGCAAUGAGUAGCAAGCAUGAAAGCAUAUCACAUAAAGGCUUCGUGUCUUCACGCCAAGUGAAUCAUGUAACUUCAGAGUCAUCACCAGAUAUGCCAGCUGCUGGGGAUGUAUCAUUAUCGAGGUGUACUCCGUCAAUGCCUAGCACACAUUUUUUUGGAGAUGCGAAGAAGAUUCAACAUAAUGGUAGUAGCUCCUAUUACUUGUCCGAGCAGGAAGACAUGUCUAGUGUCUCAAAUUUUGUUGAUGUCGAGUGGCUUUCCUCUUCGGAAAAUCUAUGCGAGAACGAUCAGUUGUACAGGCCGUCACCGCUCACAAGCUAUUCAACCGCGGAAGUGUCAUCAUCAGAGAAUAUCAUCAGUGAAGUAAAACAGUCAACGCCUGCUAUAAGCGAGAACGGAUCAAGCAGCAGGAAGGGAAAAGAACCUAUGGAAGGCGAACCAUCCACAAAGAUUCACGAUGAUUUUACUGAUAGCUUCAAACAAUGGGUAGCAUACGGAGAAGCCCUCUGCCAUUGAAGCUCUUUCAACUUUCCAUUUCCAACAAGAACCAUACUUAUGGACAUUUGGAUAUUACGGUGCAAACAUGGAGAAGGGACUGGUAGAAAGAUUCACAGUACCACAUAUUUGAAACUUCACGGUGAUGACCAAACGGUCAAAUGAGGUAUUAUACAUUAUAAAGAGGAGCAAAUAAAAAAGUAGCUGAGAGGUUUGAGUUUAGGGAAAUUCUCAUCUUUGUGGAGAGAAACUUAUGAUAUUCUGAGACUUUUGUUAGGAUCUUUUAUUGUUCUCUGGUUUGUAGUCUACUGUAAAUAUAUGUUUGGUUUAUUGAUCCAUCAUGUAACUUCUUUUCUAUGGGUAAAAAAGUCAUUUCUUCUACCA